CCACAAGGUCAAACAUUUCGGGUUUUACUAUCCUUAUGGGGACAUUUCCCCACAAAGUGACACACACAGUUUGUCAUGAAAGAUCUUCGACGUGUGUCGGGUAGUCAGACAGUCACAGGAGUCUGGAGAAGUGCUCGAGACCGCAUACUUAUUCUCACAGGCAAAAAAAGAAAAAAAGAAAACUGGAUUCGUCAUCGAAUUCUCCAUAUUCUGCAAAACGAGAACCUGUGACUCAUUCUAUGGACUUCAGCAAUGACAUCUGUCUUUCACAAGAGGAAGAAACUUAAGAAUGCAUGACUUCUUGUCUAAAUCUCGCCAGUAUAUUAUGGAAUUCAACGGCCAAAUAGGCACUAUCAACUGCGUCAAAUGCAUCGCGACAUUGCUUGAGUUCCUCGUGUGCUGUUCAUUAUUUUAUUAGUAGCGACGAACCCGUUUGCCCUCAGAAGUAUGACGCAUAAACAAUGUUUAAUACUGGCUCGGAUGGGAGAUCUUUUCGAUCUUUUUCCAAGAACUUGGAGGAUUUUGACUCUGUACGGAGUGUGCUACUUUACAGUGACUUGGAGCCAGAGUGGUUGGAUGAUGUCCAGAAGAAUGGUGAACUCUUCUAUCUUGAGCUAAGUGAGGGCGAGGAAGAAGCUCUAUUGGCUCAGGUCUCUGCCAGUCAGUCCGCUGCCACCAAUCAUGUGCAUUUCAGUGAAAAGGAGGCAGAGAUCAUUACUGACGAUGGUAAAAAGCAAACAGUCUCCAGCAAUAAAUCCGAAGCAAAACUCAAGAAAUUCGCCAAGAUACUGAGGCGAAAGCGGCAACCGUCUCAAAGAAAAACCUCCAAUGGAAAAGAGGGAGGGGCUUCCCAGCGGCUCACGUCCAUCUUGAAGAAUCAAGCUGGGCAGCGGUCCGGUGUUGUGGUACAACAGCAGCAUCUGAAGGACGUGUGUGUGUAUCUGAACCCCAAGCGGCUCUGCACUGCCUCACUUCCAUCUCCAGAGAGAGGGGGCCUGCUACAGGCCUUGCUGGGUGUUGUGCACCGGCCAGGAGGAAAUUCAGGGAAAAGGGGGGGGGGACUUAUUAUCCAUGGCCUGGUUCCACACAGUCCUGCCAGCAAGUGUGCCGAAAUUCUUAUUGGUGAUGUUCUGGUUGCUGUGGAUGAUGUAGAUGUUACCUCAGAAAACAUUGAGAGAGUUCUCUCCUGUAUACCCGGCCCCACACAGGUGAGACUAACUUUGGAGACCGUUGGUCCAGUUGGGAGCUGUGUAGACUCUGCAGUACCCAGACCGAAAGCAUCUCCCCCAGUCAGUCAGCUGGUCAGACUGCUGUGGGGGGAGGACACAGUUGAGCUCCAGAUGACUAUAGCACAUAUACCACACAUAGUGAUGUACCUCUCGCUCAAACUGGACUCUGAGUCACCACAGGAGGAGCAGGAAAUUUUGUACCAGUAUCCAGUGUCUGAGGCUUCAACUCAGCUGAAAGCUGUGAGAGGGAUUUUUCUAACACUCUGUGACAUGUUGGAGAAUGUAACUGGAGGACAGAUAGUGAGUUCCUCUCUGUUGCUGCAGAAUCAGUUGGUUCAUGUGGGCUACUGGAAGGAGGGAAGCAAUCUGCUGGUCAUUGGCGUACCUUCCAGCAGGGUUCCACUGCUGUACCUGCAAACAAUAAUUGAAGGAGUCGUCCGAACACUCAAGGUCAUGUACGGCUCUCUUAACAGUGCAUUCUGUGAGGUGGAAAACGCUCCUCGUCUAGAUCAUUUCUUCUGCCUGUUAUUUCAGCAGCUUAUCCAGCCCGCCUGUUUGAUUGAUAGCUCUGGACCACCUACCCCAGACAUCUCAGGGACCCUCUUCUUAGAUGGCUUACCAGCUGUACGCUGGCUCACUUUACCACCUGAUAUAAAGGUUGAGGUGGACACUGUCCUAUCAGACUUUGAGUCUUCAGAUUUUGGUGACAUGUCUGAAGACUUCUAUGGCAUGAGGCGUCUUUAUGUCAUUUUGGGCUCCUGUCUGUUCUAUAAGAGAUAUCUGAUAGCGAAUCACCUCCCUAAAGAAGACCUGCUGGAUGUGUGUCUGUACUGUCAGCACUAUUGUCUGCUUCCGCUAGUGUCAGAGCAGCAUGUGGGACAGCUGGUGGUGUGGAGGGAAGUGUUUCCCCAGCGGAGAGCCCAGCCCAGCCCUCUCACAACACCAUCCACAUCACACCUCGGCUACUGUAAACCACAUGCACGGCACUUCCUGCUCAUAGUGGGCCUGAGACACUUUAUGCAGUGUGUAUUGCUGGAGACUGGUGGUUGUACCUCACCUGCUUUGGGUUCUCCUGGUCCAGACUGUGUCUACGUGGACCAGGUCAAAGCCACCCUGCUUCAACUGGAGAGCCUUGAUGCUGGCAUUGAGGAGCGUCUCUCGGCUCCACCCACUCCAUGCCUAUCCUGCGCUGAUUGGUUCCUUCCCGCUGGUGGGCGGGAUCGUCUAGAUGCCGUUGGCAGCUCGCCCAUCUUCAACCGGCUGACAGCAGCCAUCAAACCCCCAUCCCCGACCGUGAUCAGUCGAAGCCUGUUUGGGGAGAUGGGGUCAUCGGGUCUAAGAGGACGAAAACCAAGUCCACAGAGGAGUCAGUCUGAUAGUGGCAGCGAGGGUCAAGGGGAGGUGGUGGAGUCCUUUACUCUGGGUUUGAGUCCUCAUGCCACACCAGAUACAGUGAGGCGAAUGCCCCUUAGUGGCACACGCAGGGACUCCCUCGGGUCAGGCGGGUCAGAUGGCAGCUUAGGCAGUGCAGGAUUUUUCAAGAUUCCGAGGUUAAAACACCCUAACCCGUUCUACCUGGGCUCCUUGAAGAAGAGUCUGACAGACCGGGAAACUGAGGAGAUGCACAAUGUUCUCAAACUAACUGCAGGUGCAGAGAACACACUGUUUCAUUACGUGUUAAUGGAGACCGUGCAGGGCAUCUUCAUUGCACCUACACACAGAGAAGUGAAUCACCUCAGCGGCUCCAUCCACCCACAGCUCAUUCAGAACUUCUACCACUGUUGUCUGUCCAUACGACACGCCUUCCAGCAGAGCCUCCCCACUCGGGAUCGGAGAGGGAUGGAUCGGCCGCAGAGCACUCUGGGUUUGGGUCCAGUCAAAGAACACGGUGUUCUGUUCCAGUGUAAACCUGAAAACUGGACGGAUCAGAAGAAACCAGCGCCCACCAUGACAUACUGGGUUAUAGGGCGAAUGCUUCUAGAACCCGUCCCACAAGAGUUCUAUGUGUGCUUCCAUGAUUCCGUCGCAGAGGUUCCCGUGGAGAUGGCGUUCCGUCUGUCUUUCGGCUUGGCUAUUUAAUAAUAUAACAGAGACUUCUGCAGGUUAUCGUCCUUAACACUACAUGCUGUUGUGCAGCACAGGGCUGGUCUAUGGGAUUUUAUUGAAGGGCAUCUCAUUUCUAUGAGUUAUCUGCAGAAAUUUUCCACUGGAGAAUCCAACAUCAAGGAUACUCAAGCAGCACCCUAUUGUCAAAAAGGCUACUGGUCCAUGCUUUAGCUAAAAUGCUAUCCGUGUAGUAAUCAUGUAUGGUUUAUGUGAUUAAACUUACCUUUUGCUAGAUUUUUUCCAGAAUGGAAGUUGAAAACAGGCAAGUCAGCCAAGGCACCGAAUUUGGUGUUAAGUACAAUAUGUGGUCCACACAAUGUCAGUAGUGAUAAACUAAUUGGAUAAAUUGAUUAACCAGCUCUGAGGGAGUUUUUAACCACCAAUAAAAUACUUCUGAAAUUGGAAGGAACUGAACUAUCUAUGCUGGAUUUCUUAACGGGCACGAUAAGCCCAUGUUCUCUUGAAGGAAUAGUUCACCUAAAAAUGAAAAUUCUCUCAUCAUUUACUCACCCUCAUGCCAUCUCAGAUGUGUAUGACUUUCAUUCUUCUGCAGAAGUCAAAUUAAGAUUUUUAGAAGAAUAUUUCAGCUCUGAAGGUCAAUACAAUGCAAGUGAAUGGAGACAAGGACAUAGAAUCCCCAAAAAUCACAAAGUCAGCAUAAAAUGAAUUCAUAUGGUUUUAUAUCUUCAGAAGCGAUAUGAUAGUUGUGGGUGAGAAACAGAUCAAUAUUUGAGUUAUUUUUUCCUUAUAAAUACCCACUUUCACUUCCACAUUCUUUUUGGUGAUUGCAUUCUUUGUGCAUAUUGCCACCUACUGGUUGGGGCUGGUCAAAGGUUGAGAUUUAUGGUAAAAAAAAAAAAUUAUAUUGAUCCGACACUGAUCUCACCCACACCUAUUAUAUCACUUCUGUAUCAUAGAUUUUUCCCACUGGAAUUGUAUGAAUAAUUUUUUAUACUGAUUUUAUGUGAUUUGUGGAGAUUAAAAGUUCUUCUAGUCAUUGUUCACUUCCAUUAUUUGGACCUAAUGAGCAGAGAUAUUCUUCUAAAAGUUUUAGCAGAAGAAAGAAAGUCAUAAACAUCUGGGAUGGCAUGAGGGUGAGGAAUUGAUGUGAGAGUUUUCAUUUUUGGGUGAACUGUCCCUUUAAUAAAAAAUUUAUUAAUAAAUAAAUGUAUAGGACCGUUCAUUGCUGGAUCAAGCAGAAUUACAUUUUCAGUAACUAUGCAGAAUUUGUGACCACAGCCUUAUGAAAAGUUUGAAAAUGAAAAUGAUUUUUGUACUUUAUUCUAAAGUGUGGAACAUCAUGUUUUUCCACAUUAAUAUUCAUAAAAUAUGCCUAUUAAACAAAUGUGCAUAAUUUAUCAAAUAAAUUCAA